CUCCAUGGAGCUCUUUGCGCUGCUGCUGGAGGCACCAGGCAGGAAGCGGCUGCUGCUGCAGGCGGAGAGGAGUCUGCUGCCACUCUUCAUCCACAUGAAUGAGGACAUCCCCAACGUGGCGCAGGCUGCUCAGAAAGCUCUGAUCCACGCCGCCAAGCUCCUGGGCUGGCAGCAACUGCAACGCUUGGCCAGCGCGGCGGAGGUCUGGAUGAUUGCUGACUGUCUGGUAAGGACCCCCACCCUUCAACCCCUCCGGACCCCCCUUGCUCCCCUGCAGAAGGGGGGUCGGGGAGCCAUUCUGCGGGUGCCACCCCCACCAUGCUCUCUGCAGCUUCAGAAGAGGGGCAGAGAUGCGGAGCAGUACCUGAAGGACACGGUGCUGCACCUGCACAGCCCCCAGGUGCCCGUGAGGGACACAGCCGUGCGCUUCCUCGGGCUGCUAGGGCGAAAGCUGAGGAAUGAGAACCGGGAGAAGAUGUCGGACAUCCGUAAAGCCCUGGAGGGCGCCAAGGAGGACAGCGAGCCGGCCGUGCGCUGUCUGGUGCUGCAGACACUGCUGAUCCUCAGCGUGCUGGAAGAUGUGCCGCCCACCAGGCCCAGGUUGCGCCGAUGGUUCUGGAGAACGUGGAGGGAGUAG